UUUCAUGCUAGUUGAAACGUACCCGUCUAAAUUAAACAAUCUAUCUUUCUUCGACUCUACUAUAUAUAUAUAACUAGCUUGGAUCCAAUAUUCAAACCUACUACCUUUCUCCUUCAUCCAUUUCCAUUGUUUUCUUUCUCUCUCUGUCAGUUUCAAUGGGCAGUAAAACCAUUGGUUGGGUUCUAUUCUUUUUCAGUGUUUCAGGCCUUUUGGCUCAAACUCAUGGAAGCGUUGGUAAGGUAGGAAAGAAUCUAGAUUUUCUUUUCAAGCCAAAGUUGAAGGAAAGUUUGGGUGUGGACACUAGUCCUUUCGAGGUAAGUAAUGUUGUCGAUGAAGCCGAUAAGGUCGAUAAUCAUGUUCCUGUUGAAGUGGGUUUGAAGGACAAAGAUAGGAUUGUGAGAUUGCCUGGACAACCCCAAGUGAAUUUCUCUCAAUAUGGUGGCUAUGUUACAGUGAAUAAAGAAGCUGGUCGUGCACUUUAUUACUAUCUUACAGAAGCUGAGAAUUCUAAGGAUUUGCCUCUUCUUCUUUGGCUCAAUGGAGGCCCAGGUUGUUCAUCUCUUGCUUAUGGAGCAAUGCAAGAGCUCGGACCAUUUCGUGUACUCAGUGAUGGCAAAACACUUUUUACAAAUGAAUUUGCAUGGAAUAAAGCUGCAAAUAUUUUAUUUCUUGAGUCUCCUGCUGGGGUAGGAUUUUCAUACUCAAAUAGAACAUCGGAUUAUAAUACGAGUGGAGAUAGUAGAACUGCUUUAGACAGUUAUUGGUUUGUGAUUAACUGGCUAGAAAGAUUUCCUGAAUACAAGAAUAGAGAUUUUUAUAUUUCUGGAGAAAGUUAUGCUGGGCAUUAUGUUCCUCAACUUGCUCAUACCAUUCUUCAACAUAAUAAAAAGGCUAACAAGACCCUUAUCAACCUCAAAGGAAUCAUUAUUGGAAAUGCAGUGAUUAAUGAUGACACUGACGAAAAGGGAAUGUAUGAUUACCUUGCCACCCAUGUUAUCAUUUCCGACGAAGCUAACAACAAAAUACAAAAGUAUUGUGAUUUCUCACCCAAUGCAACCAAACCGUCUAGUCAGUGCAAUGAAGGCUAUAAUUCAGCCUCAAUAUCUUUGGACCCUAUUGAUAUCUAUAACAUUUAUGGUCCCUUGUGCCACAAUUCCAAUCUCACAGUUCAACCCAAGAAAGCCUCUAUAUUGGAUAUUGAUCCAUGUAGUGAUUACUACGUGUAUGCUUAUCUGAAUCGGCCUGAUGUUCAAGAAGCCAUGCAUGCCAAUGUUACUAAACUCACACAUGACUGGGAACCAUGCAGUGAAGUCAUUGGAAAAUGGAUAGAUAGCCCAUCAACCAUCAUUCCCCUUUUGAGAGAAUUCAUGGCCAAUGGCAUUCGAGUGUGGGUUUUCAGCGGUGAUAUUGAUGGAAGGGUUCCUGUUACUUCAACAAAGUACUCUUUAAACAAAAUGAUGCUUCCUGUAGAGACUGCAUGGUAUCCGUGGUUCGUGGACCGAGAGGUUGGUGGGUAUGCACAAAAGUAUAAGGGAGACCUAACAUUUGCAACUGUAAGAGGGGCAGGGCAUCAAGUGCCAAGCUACCAGCCACUGAGAGCACUUUCUUUGAUCAGUCACUUCCUUAGUGGCAAACCUCUUCCUUAUUCUAGGUCAUCCUAAUUUCUUUUAGUCUCUUAGUUGGCCAUAUCAUUGAUCUGUUCUAGGGUUCAGCUUUGCAAUUCUAGUGCCAACUAACUUUUUUAUCUGAUUGUUUUCAAUAACCAUAAGUAAAAUAGCAAGUUGCUAUUCUGAUUCAGAGCAAAGCACAAUUCUAUUUUGAUUUUGAUUUUUUCCCUCAACAAAUCCAAUCAUGUUGAGUUCAAUUAAUAAUACUUUCCAUACAACAGUGAAAUUGGGAUUGUAAA